AUUUCCGAAGGACGUCAAAGUCAGCACAAAUCAAAGUUACUCAGUCUUCUUUAUAACGACACUACCAGGUGUAUGAGGUUUCACACAAGAGCCUUAAUUUAUCUUUAGGUGACUGUCAAUUCGCCCAGGGUUCAAGGGGCUGUCAAUACUCUUUUGCCCUGAACCAAUACUUCGAGAAAACGUCUCAAAAAUGGAGGACAAAACCCCUUGCAGCAUUUCACUUAAUUUGAUACUAGAUAAAAAAGAGCUUCAGUCAAAACUUAAGAGUUCAGUAGGUAUUGGUCAUUGGAAUGCGUAUAGUAGGAGUGAAAAGUAUUUAUCGGAACAACCAACGAAUAUGGAAAUAGAUUCUGCUGAAUUAACAAAGCAUACAAAAUCUGAUGAUAUGUGGAUAGCUUUAAAUCAUCAAGGGAAAACGGUAGUAUAUGAUAUCACCAAAUUUGCUGCCUACCAUCCUGGGGGAUUCGAUAUUCUAAUGGAAUAUGCUGGAACAGACGCUACAGAAGCAUUCCGUAUAGCCCAUUCAUAUGUUAAUCCUAGUAUGAUCUCAAGAUUACAAAAGGGUUAUUUAGUAAAAAGUGCUCCUGGUCAAGGUCAUCUGCCCAAUCAAUUAUCUCCAUUUUCUAUUCCGUCAACAUUUCGUCUAAGUAAUACAAAAAAGCCAAUUUGGGAUUGGAAAGAAUUGAAUAGCCAUGUUGAACUUUUUAUCAACUAUACAAACAGAAAAAUAUUCAAUAAUUUCAAUGAUGAAUUAGAUAUCUUACGAAGUCUGUCUACUUGGACUCCACUUGAUAAACAAAAAGAAUCAAGUGGUGUGCUUAUGCUGCGAACAUUUUUAGAUGAAGAAUAUCAUUGCUUGGAAUUCAGUUUACGCAACCAACUUUACCCAGAUUUAUCUACACUACGCCUAAAUCACUUGAAUACUAUCAGUUUCAAAUCAUCGUCAUCAUCCUCGUCAUCGUUUUCAGCUCAGUUGAAGAUUAAUUUGAUAAAAGCGUCGUCAUUCAGCUUAUCUUCACCAUCAUCACCAUCAUCUUUAUCACUACAAACUGAUAUGUUGUCUAGUCUGGAAAUAGUUGAGCCAACUAUCAAAACUCCAUUAAAAACAAUUGGUAUUGUUCUUCGUGAUGUUUUAGUUGGAAUAAACGAAAUACAUAGUUCCAUGUGUAAUGAAGUAUUCUUUACAUGCAGUAUAACUAAAUCUUAUCGGUUAGAAAAUGAUAGCCGCUAUCAAUUUCUUUCUAUAAAAUGGCCCGAGAAUCAAGUGAAUAUUAAUAUUCCAAUUGGACAUCAUGUAAAUGUUCGUUUAAAAGAUUCUCAAGGCAAUUAUGUUAUCAGACCAUAUACACCUGUAUGUGAAGAUCUAACCUUCUCAACAAACAAUAAUGAUUAUCAGAAUGAUGACAAGAAGUUAUGCCUACUGAUUAAAAUAUACCCAGAUGGAGAGUUUUCUUCUCUAGUGGAUAAAAUUUCUGAAAAUGAUUUACUCGAUGUGAGUCUGCCUAUGGGGAAUUUCAAUAUCAAUCUCAUCAAACAAAUCAUUGACGCUAAUUCAAAAUCAUCUGAAGAAUUUAAUAAUCCCACUUCAUCAUAUCUUAUCAUGUUGGCUGCAGGAAGUGGAAUAACUCCAAUGCUAAGAAUUUUACAUUACCUAUUUGUUGGGAAUGAGAAUGUAAAUAAUAAUCAAGUUAUGCGAAUGUUCAAAGUUUAUUUGAUUUAUUUCAAUCGUAGUCAGAAGGAUCAAGUACUUGUCUCUACUUUUGAAUCACUUCACAAUCGUUUUCCGGAUAGGUUUUUCACAACUCAUGUUUUAUCUGAGCCAUCAUAUCCUUCGGAAGAUGAAAAUAACAGUAAUAAUGGUAAUAAUAAUUGGGUACAUGGGCAGAUAACUGAUGAGCUUUGUCGUCAAUCCCUCGGAGGUGAAAUCAUAAAAAAUUUCGAUUCUAAUGUGACAUGCUUAAUCUGUGGUCCAUCUGGUUUCAAUGAUGCUGCUCUAGAACUCACAGAAAAAUGGUCCAUUCCUAAAGAACGUGUUCAUGUAUUCAAAGGAUAAAUUUCUAUCUCAUGAAUGUAAAAAUUAUGCUCAACUUUUCCUUAUGUAAAGUCUAUACAAAAUUAAUAACUUCUAAAUAUUUAUGCCUAUAAUACUCUUAACGUAUAGUAUAUGCUUAGUGCCUUUUUAUUCCGUGAAUAUAUCCUCUGAGUUUACUUUAAUUUCAGUAUACUACUAAGAAUGAUUUCA